AAUUUAAUUAAUAAAGAGCGCCCUCUUUGCAUACCGAAUCCGGGUUCUUCCUCUUAUCCUCAGCCUUCAAGAUGGCGGCUCAAAUGUCCAAGAAGCGAAAGUUUGUCUCUGAUGGAGUAUUCAAAGCAGAAUUGAAUGAAUUCUUGACAAGAGAGUUGGCUGAAGAUGGCUACAGUGGUGUCGAAGUUAGAGUUACACCAACAAGAACCGAGAUCAUCAUUCUUGCUACUCGAACGCAGAAUGUUCUAGGAGAGAAGGGUCGCCGCAUCCGUGAAUUGACCUCGGUUGUCCAGAAGAGAUUUAACUUUCCAGAAGGUACUGUUGAGCUGUAUGCUGAAAAAGUUGCAACUCGUGGUCUCUGUGCCAUCGCCCAGUGUGAGUCUCUCCGUUACAAGCUGCUGGGAGGUCUUGCUGUCCGUCGUGCCUGCUACGGUGUUUUGCGUUUUAUCAUGGAGAGCAAUGCCAAAGGUUGUGAAGUAGUGGUGUCCGGCAAGUUGAGAGGACAGCGUGCCAAGUCGAUGAAGUUCGUCGAUGGGCUUAUGAUUCACAGCGGUCAUCCGUGUAACGAGUAUGUUGACACCGCCAUCCGUCACGUUAUGUUGCGUCAAGGUGUGCUUGGAAUCAAGGUUAAAAUUAUGUUGCCAUGGGAUCCAGCAGGCAAGAUUGGUCCCAAAAAGCCUCUACCUGAUCUUGUCAGUAUUGUCGAACCUAAGGAAGAGAUUAUACCAAGCCAGCCCAUCUCAGAACAGAAAGGCGCCAAGCCCGAAGCACCAGUAGCUGCAGCUGCUGCCGCCGUGGCCCCCGCCCCGGCAGCUCCAGCUCCUGUCCCUCAAGGUCCAGUGCCCAUGUGAUCAAACAUCAAGGUGAUUCCAUUCUCAUGGUAAUACAGUAUCUAGAGAAUUUCAACAUCAACAUCUUCUAAUUACUGUUUAAAAUGUGCUAUUAGGCAUAGCAUUCCAGAAAAUAAAGACUAAAAAAACAUCGAUUUAUUAAAAAUAAAUAAGAAGAAAUACUAUGUA